AGGUAAAGGACGCAAGUAAACAACAAUCACAUGUCAUGUUGUAUGUAUUGUGAGAUUUGAGUGAACAGGGGAUAGGAAGUCUAUGUAGUCUAAAUAAAUUAUUAUUUUGUAUAUUUAAAGUAAAAGAUUGCAAUGGGAUCAGACUCUUUAAAAAUUUCCGUUCAUUUUGGUGGAGGUGCAGAAAUCCUAUUUGACAACUUGAAACAGCAUGACUUAGAAUUACCUCUUGACAAUGGGACUUGGAACUUGAAGAGGCUAAUUGCGUGGAUAAGAGAUAAUAAGAUGAAAAGCAAACAAGAGCUCUUCGUUAAAGAUGAUUCGGUCCGUCCUGGAAUUUUGGUAUUGGUUAAUGACACCGACUGGGAUUUAUUGGGGCAAACAGAGUAUGAGCUGUGUGAUGGCGAUCAAGUUCAUUUUAUCUCAACACUUCAUGGAGGCUAAUUGUAUGAUCCCCAUAUUUUGUAUUCUUUUAAUUCAACUAAAAUUUCAAUAAAUUUAAUUAUCAACAAGAACAAUGACUUCUUUAGAAGAGUUAUUAUAUAAGUAAAAGAAGUAUUACGCUUCAAAGGGAUAACAGCCGUGAGCAAAAAUUGGUUGAUAUUAUUACAGGUCGUUUCAGCUCAGGAAAGGCAAAUAAGCUACUUGAUGAUGUGUUUGCUAUACAACAAUAUUAAGCAUCAAGCUGUGAUAUUAAAUAGCCAAGCUUCAACAUAGAUAUAAAAGAGUACAAAUUAACCAAGACCUGAAUAUUAUCUUUAUAAGAAUGGCGGUUGUCAAGAAAAUUAAUAAUCCAAAGCACACCAACUGAAUCCCAAUUAGUCAAAAUGCCAUUUAAAGGAAUGCUGUGCUGGCGUUAAAAUUGUAAACUGCUAUUUAAGUUCAGCUAGGAAAAAAUGUUAGGCUAUCAUAUAGCCAUGAUCAUAUUUAAAGCAAAAAUCUAGUGGCAUUUAUAACUAGCUUGGACUUUGUCUUCAUAGAGGAUAGCUGUAUUGUGGAGCGCAUUCUAUCACAACUGCAAUCAAGACCGGAAUUACGCACAAUUUUUAACUCAAAUUUCCUGUACCUUCACAAAAUCUGAGUCGGGAGCAAUGUCCCAAGGCAAGACGAACAUCCUCACAGGCAGUGGCGUGCAGUGAGUUGAGUUGUAAUCCAACAAGUAUCUGCGAGCC